CAGCGCACGCGAGGCCUGCUGCCAGCGGAAGAAAGCGCUUUCAAUUCGGUGAAGUCAUGUGGAAACCACCGGGAGAAUAAGCGCUAUUAAUAAUCGAUACAGCCUUCACCACAUCAUUUCUGAAGAGUCUGGUUAUUGAAGUGGCUUUAAGGACACAGGGAGUGUUGUUGAUAUUUCAAUCGCAGCAGGUUCAUUAAACUCUGCCUCAUUUGGAUGCUCGGAUAUCGACUUCACCAUGAACAAAAAUAAGCGAGAAAAGGAAUUCUACAGUGUAGAUGUCGGUGAUUCAACAUUCACAGUGUUGAAGCGGUAUCAGAAUCUAAGACCUAUCGGCUCAGGCGCUCAGGGAAUAGUCUGCUCAUCAUAUGAUCACAACCUUGAACGAAACGUGGCUAUAAAGAAACUUAGCAGGCCUUUUCAGAAUCAGACUCAUGCCAAGCGUGCAUACAGAGAGUUGGUGCUCAUGAAGUGUGUCAACCAUAAAAAUAUCAUAGGCCUCUUAAAUGUUUUCACACCCCAAAAAUCAUUAGAAGAAUUCCAAGAUGUUUACCUAGUAAUGGAGCUGAUGGAUGCAAACCUUUGCCAAGUCAUUCAGAUGGAGCUGGACCAUGAGCGUCUGUCCUAUCUGCUGUACCAGAUGCUGUGCGGAAUAAAACACCUCCACUCGGCGGGGAUCAUCCACAGGGAUCUGAAGCCCAGUAACAUCGUAGUGAAGUCUGACUGUACCCUGAAGAUCCUGGAUUUUGGUCUGGCCAGGACAGCCGCCACGGGUUUGCUGAUGACACCAUAUGUGGUGACACGUUACUACAGAGCCCCUGAAGUCAUCCUGGGAAUGGGAUAUCAAGCCAAUGUGGACAUUUGGUCUGUGGGCUGCAUUUUGGCAGAAAUGGUCCGUCACAAAAUCCUUUUUCCGGGGAGGGACUAUAUUGAUCAGUGGAACAAAGUCAUAGAGCAGCUUGGAACACCAUCGCAAGAGUUCUUGAUGAAACUCAACCAGUCUGUGCGGACCUAUGUUGAGAACAGACCACGCUAUACUGGAUACAGCUUUGAGAAGCUGUUCCCUGAUAUCCUAUUCCCUGCUGAUUCAGAACAUAACAAACUGAAAGCAAGCCAGGCGCGGGAUUUGCUGUCUAAAAUGCUGGUGAUAGACGCAUCCAAACGAAUCUCUGUGGAUGUAGCUCUACAGCACCCCUACAUUAAUGUGUGGUACGACCCAGCUGAAGUGGAAGCGCCACCUCCUCUGAUCACAGACAAACAGCUCGAUGAGAGAGAACACACGGUGGAGGAGUGGAAAGAAUUGAUCUAUAAAGAAGUGCUGGAGUGGGAGGAGCGGCUGAAGAACGGUGUGAUUCGAGGUCAGCCAUCCCCUCUAGGUGCAGCAGUGAUCAAUGGCUCACCCCAGCCCUCCUCAUCCUCCUCUAUCAAUGAUGUCUCUUCCAUGUCCACAGAGCCCACCGUGCCCUCGGACACAGACAGCAGCCUGGAGGCCUCCGUGGGACCUUUGAGCUGCUGCAGAUGACUAUCACCUUCCCCUGGAGUUACUGUGUGUGUGGCAUGGUAUCAGAUUUAGGCCAGUCUAAUUCUUUAUUUCAGGUCCUGUAUGGCUUUUUUGAGUUCUGCUCUGGACGCUGUAAAUUAUUACACAGUUUUAUCUUUUUAGCCAAUGAUAGUAAGAUAUUUGAAGCUCCUUAACAAAUCUCUUCUUUUAUAAGCUACAGCUAGAGUAUUUUGUCAUGAUGUAUUAGAGUGAUUUUGGAAGGUAAUCUGUAAAGAUUGAAUUGCUAAUAUAUUUUCUAAAAUUAAUUUAUUUUCCAUUUUUUUUUUUUUUUUUUUUUUUUUCUCUGGUCAUAUUAGGACAUGGAAAUCCUUAGAAACAAAUCCACUAUAGUAUUUUCAAAUACACAAUCAUGUUGCACAAAAUGAUAUCAACAUGUUAGAGUUAUUUAAGUACAUUUUGGCAUAACUUGCUAAAGGUGGCUUUUCCUGGGUAAUGUUUUCUAUGUUUGCGCACAACACAUUUUACUUACAUUUUUUACAAUUUCAUUUAGAUAUAAUCACUCACGACAUUAAAAAUAUUUUUAUAUGGACAUUGUUUUAUGUCAGGCUGCAUUAUUUUUUUUUUCAGGAAUAUUUUUACUGCUGGUUAUUUUCCUGGUUUACUGUGAAAUGUGACGUUCUUGUGUGUAUGUUUCUGAUGUUCCUUGUUCGAAUUGUUCUAGAUUGUCUAGGAUUUCAGCACCUUUUUAUUUGUGUUUAACCCCUACAAAAUCUACAUAUGGAUCAAACAUUGAUCAACAAUAGCUGUACAGUGAUUGUCUCAAUAAUGCAAUUUUUUUUUUCUUUAUAUACAGUCCAGUUUAUAAGAUGAACAGGUUAGUUUGAUGACUUUUGGAUCAUCAAUUCACAAAGCUGGUAGAUCAGUUGUUUUCCUAAUUUUUUUUUAAUUUUUAUUUUUUUACACAGAAUGAUUGAAAACAGACAAAAAUGUCUGCAUUUGUUCAUUUCUAGCAUAUUCCAUUACAAUAAUGGUACAUAACAGUGAAAUGAACCAAAUUUGGAAAUAAUUUAUUUCCACAUAGUUACACUUUGUUAGUGUCUUUCUUUUUAUUAUUCCCCAUCAGAAUGGAAAGUCUUUAAUGGCACGUAACGUGCUGUAAAUGAACGUGAGCUACUGUAUUGAGGACUAUGUGUGUGCAUUGUAACUUGUGAUAUUGACGACUUAGGAGCUCUACACAAUAUUUGAUGAAAGAUUAAGAUGCAUUUGUUUUUUUAAUGUGAGGAAGAACGUUGAAUAGACCUGAAGUUUUUUGUUUUGUUUUUUACUUGCACACAGGGUAAGAAAAGAAAAUUUUGCUAUUACUUUAUAUGGUUUUUUUUGUGUGUGUGUGUGUGUGUGUGUGUGUGUGUGUGUGUGUGUGUGUGUGUGUGUGUUUUUUUUUGUUUGUUUUUUUUUGGGAAGUGCUCUUAACAGUGGCAAUGAUAUUUAGCCCUACUGUACAUACUUGCAUGGGAAGCCAGAGCUACUGUAACAGCAUCAAGAACUGAAGCUUCUCAUGUGGUACAUUUUAGGCAUGGAACAGCUGAUAAUGUUUGAGAGUCGAGUCUGAACUACCUCACACUGACGCCAUACAGCUCACAUUUUAGAAGUAUUACUGUAACGUUUAUUUUGUUUUAUCAAUUUAUUAAGAUGUGCUUGUAAGGUGAUGUGUUAGAAAUAUUUAAGUGUCUGUGGAGUUUGUGAGUGUGAAUCUGUGAGAAUGUUCUGCAUGUAUGUGUGUGUGUGUAUAUACUUCAAUGAGUGAGCAUUCUUGUAAACUCUGCUGUUUUUUCUUCUUCAGCUUAUGUUCAAAGCUCUCGACAUCUAAGUUCAAAGGUUUGGAAGGAUUCUGUCCAUGUUUUGCUUUUUUCCAGGAAAAGAAAUUGAUGAAAUGGAGAGAAAAGCAUCUCGUCCCCAGUUUCAACAGCGGGCAGUACAGUAUCUUGCAUGGCCUGCUUAGCAUUUGAUAUUAAGUAAAAAAAAAAGAAAAUAAAAAAAGAUUAUGGUGCUGAGUUUAUUAGAUUUCUCAAACUGCUGCAGUUGUUUUGUAGGGUUAGCAUAUUACCACCUCAUUUGAACGCACUGAAAUUCAACUGUGUUAACAUCAUAACAACUGGAAAAAUCGAAAUAAACCAUUGGAAAAUUGG